CACAGAACUUCAAGGGGACCUUCCAAGCGUGCUUGAGCGGGUCGGGGCUGAUCUCGUACGACGAUUUCAAGAAGAAGCACGACGAUUCCAAGCAAAGGAACGAAGAAGGGAAGGCGGAUGAGCCGAUCAAAGUGGUGAACGACCUAAUCAAAGAGCUGGAGAAUCUCCACCUCCUCAUGAAUGUGGACGAGCACAUUCUUGAAUUCAUAGAUGAGUGGUUUGGGAAGAUGUAGAAUCUCAACAUCUUGUACCUCGGGCGAUGGAAGGCCUUGAUGGCUCACCACAUCGAGGUGGAGGAUCCCAAGUUCUUCGAGAAGCUCAGGAGCUUGAAGUACGUCAAGUUUCUGAGCCUCCAGGGGGUUUCCAACAUCAUCGCGCUCUACAACUCCAUCCUCGAGCUCACGAACCUCGAGGUGCUCGACCUCAGGGCUUGCGUGAACCUCGAGAGCAUCCCGGAGAAGAUUGAGAAGCUAAAGAAGCUGAAGCAGCUGGACAUGUCGGAGUGCUACUUGCUUGCGAAAAUGCCAAAAGGCCUCUCAUUACUCAAAUACCUAAAGUGCUAAAGGGCUUCUUCGUGACCGAAGACAAAGUUGGGUACCAAAAAGGCUGCACGAUUGGAGAUUUGAAGCAGCUGGAGUUUCUCGAGAAGCUUUGCAUCUACAAUGACUGGAAGGA